AUGAUACGAAAGAGAUCUGGUGGACAUCUACCAAGGGGAUGGCAUUUUCUGCCAGAGACGGCACCUUCCGCCUGUGGCUUUCUCGAGAAUUGUGAGGCGGCUUCCCGCUUUGAGGAUCUGAGGCCUUUCUGCUACGAGCCUCUGCACAUGCACAAGGUGCACGUGCUCCACCGGGACCGCAACGACACCCGCGCGGCCGUGAGGCUCCUGAGGGACAUCCUGCGCUGCCGCCUCCUGCGCCACCAGGACCAGGUCUCCUACAUGGCGCAUCAGAAGUGGUACCUCAGAGAAAACGCCUUCCUGGGCAGCCGCUGCAGGCCCAGCAGGGCGUGCAGCAGCACUGCCUUCGUCGGCAAGGUGUGCCGCAUGGCGAUUCCGUAUCAAAUCCAACGUACCUACACAUAUAGUGAGGAACUCUCAACUGGAGUCACUCAGUUGGCAGGAAUGCUGUUGACGGAAUGCUUCCCGCAGGUGCUCCGCCUGGGCCUUCGGUGGGCGCGCCCUCUCCUAGAAGACGAAGAUCUGGACGUCCAGAUCAUCUACAUGGUUCGUGACCCGCGCGCUGUUCUCAGUUCCCGAGCUAGGGUCGACUGGUGCACGUCCUCUACCUGCCGCGGCUUUCAGACAGUGUGUUCUCUUCUGGAAAAGGACCUGACGGAGGCUGCGGCACUCCUACAGGAAUAUCCUCACAGGUUUAUGUUCGUUCAAUAUGAAGAAAUGUGUCAAAAUAUGUCGGCUGCCCUUGCUGAUAUAAUGGACUUCCUGGGGUUGCCGGUAACUAAUGUACAAAUGAAUAUGCUGAAGUAUGAGAAGCCCUCCACUGACCCACUGAUCAUCACGAAGAACAGCCUCCUGCAGGCGCAGCUCUGGCGCAACAUGACCUCCUACGCGGAUAUUGUGAUUCCCGUCCAGGAGCACUGCAAGGCAUCGCUGGACAAACUGGGCCUCAGGAUAUUCUCCUCCAACACGGAGUUCCAGAACCUCAGCGUCCCAGCACUGAUCCGGCCUCCUAUACCGUAG